AUGGAAACACAAACAUUUCAACAUGGAGAAACGGACUCAACGGGAGCCGAACUCCUGGAGAAGGGGCUUAGAGACAGGGGAGCACCCAUCCACAACUUACGAGAUGCCCAGGGCGUCCCCUUCAUCAUCAUCCCGACCGAAGCAUGGCAGUUCACCCCACUGAACCAUGGUUUUGACAUGAACGGGUCCAAGCCACACCUCUGUACCCGACGGGCUAUAAACGCACAGAAACGAAAUUCAGGGGAGCAGGAGCGGAACAAUUGUUGGCUGACAGCCCCGUCGGUGCCAACACCGCCAAUGGAAUAUGAUACCGAUUCGACCUGA